ACCCGAAGCCCCGUCCACCACUCCCAAAAUUUCCCCUUCCUUCGUUGGCGCGAUUCCUUCCCGCUUGUGCGCUCGGCGAAAUGCCGCAAUGGCGCACCUGCCUCUUCCUCCUCCUUGCACUUCUUGGUUUCAUGAGUUCCCACCCACUCCUUAUCAUGUUUCCUCCUCCGGACCUCCUCUUCGCAGAGGUUUUCCUGAUGCUCGUCCUCGCCGCAGCCGGAGACAUGCUGCGGGCGCUCCGUCGCCGAUAGGCGGCGGAAGCGGCGGCGCGCGCGACACACUCCAGCGCGCGCCUCCGCUACAGGCCCUGGACGCCCACCAGCGGGUCCAGGGCAACCGGCUCGAUCCUCUGCUGGGGAUGGUCGCCAUCUCCUCCUGCGGCUGCAUCAACACGCGCCGCAUCGACGACCUCCUCCGGCUCCUGCUCCCCUGCGUGGGCGAGCAAACCUCCGACCCCCGAAUCUCUUCGGCUUCCUCCCGCGCCCGCUCCGACGGCGCAGCCGCGGACGCGGAGGAGAACGAGCCCGAGGCGUCCGCGGGGAGGAGCACGCAGGUGCUGCUCGCCGCGGCAGCAAGUGGCGGGCGCGGCGGCCCCUACGGCCGCCGCCCGUCGUCCUCCCACGGAAGCUGCGCCCCCUGGAACGCUGCCCCCCUCAUCGCGCACCCCCCGGCGACCCCGUCGCCCGUAUGCUGCCCCAUCGUCGCGUCACGGCAGGAACAAGAGCAAGGGAGGUUACCAACGAGAGAGGACUUGGUCAAGUGUUUCUCUAUGCCACGAAACAUCCGACUACAGACUCCCAGGCACCCUUCUCUGCCGGAUAUGAGAGUUGACGGAUCCAAUAGAGGGCCUCCAAAAUUUGUCCACAAGGCCACGCCAGCUAGAUUGAUGCGCCGAGCUCGCUCCUCACAUAAUUACCAUGGGAAGCGCAUGGAAGCAAUUGAUGCUGUCAAUGAAUGGAGAUUGCCUAAAGUAAGUGCAGAGGAAGAUGGGGCAGUGGAUCAGAAAGCCUGGCAGGAUGAUACCAUGUCAUGUCGUGUAUCCUCAGCUCGUGAUUGGAACUUCGGGUCUGAUAGUGUCUAUGAGGGCCCUGCGAUGAAACAUAAGGAAAAUGCUGUCCACGCCAAGUUGGUUGCCUGGAAGGAUGCACAGGUUUCAAAGCUCAUUGACAAAGCACUUAUGAUGUUACUUGAAUCAACUAGGCUGAAAGCCCAGAUCGAUGAAUGGCAGAAGAAUAAGUUUACAUGGGCCAGGGAUAAACUGGCAAAAACUGAGAAGAAGUUGGAGAAGCAGAGAACUGAAACCGUAGUGAAGAUGCAAAAGGCGAUAGAAGAUGCAGAGAGGAAAGAUGAUAUGAAGAGUCAAGAAGAGGCAGCCGCCAAGAGUAAGAUAGCUAGUUUCGAGAGAGCCCUUCAGGUGAUGCCUAGGGCAGGAAGGCAGGCCGAUUGUCAAAUACUAAUGAAGGGACCGUAUACUGUAUAGAAUGGCGGUUGCCAUAUAGUACUAACCAAAGGAUGAUAGAAGUUUCAGGUCAUGGAACGCUUGGUCAGGAUUUUAACACACACUGUUGUAGUUCUCCCCAUUGGAGAACUUGUAAUACUACUCCCCAUUGGAGAAUUUGUAAUACUACUCCCAAGUAACCUGAUGUUGUUGGUACAUCUACCGAAAAGGACAGACAACAUUUUGUUUUCCUCAUUGACAGCAUUCAGGUCAUGCCAUACAUAGUCAGCAUUCCUUUUCUCCCCAUUGGACAACAUGUAUAUACUAGUACGCUCUUGUUGUGGACAAAUCAUUCUUUUUCUCCCAUUGGAGAACAUGUAUAUACAUUGGCUUAAUCCUAA